UGUACCGCCGCUCCACUCGAGAGGCAUUCCGUGCUCGGUCGAAGAAACAUCCAUACAACGCUACUGCAAUGAGAUUGACCGCACCCUCGUCCUCCUGGCUCCCGCGUGCUAGCACAUUAUCUGCAUGCGCGAAAGGUCUGAGCGCGUGCUUUUCUGGGGUACGCGGCAAGACAACAGCUUAUCUUCUUCAAUGCCCGUGAACUGAGGAUCUACUCGCUCUCACAUCCCGCUCUACUUUGUCAAAAUGUCGAUUCGUCAAGUUCUCCUGGCUGCUGCGUUUUUGGGUCUUUCGCUGGCUGCACCUGUACCAGAAGCUCGGAGAGACGUCGAACUGCAAUUAUCGCCUGAAUGCGACCAAGUUCUUGGCUGUGUCCCAGAUUGUACUACUGAGCAUGGCUCCGUGGACGCACAUUCCAAAAAUGGAACAUCGGCGAGCGUAAUGUCGAUCUGUAACACUGGCCUAAUCGGCGAAAAUCCCCGGGCGGUACGCAAGGCUGAUAUGACCAGGAUAUGCCGCACAGCCCUCCUCGAGCAUUCCAGUCGCAGAACUAUCGCCCCCCAUGCGCAAUUUCUGUUCGUCAAGCCAAAUGGUCAGAUUUUGGUCUUCACCAUGUUUUGGGACACUCCAGCCAUCCCAGCCUUGUACGGCUCCAUCAUCCCGUUCCUCGUCCUAGAUGUCAUCGUCAUCAUCUUACGGUUCGUGAUGAGAAGGCGACUUGGUCAGAAAUUCCAGGCGGACGACUGGCUCAUGCUCCCUGCGUUCGCUGGAGUCAUCGGCCUGGUGACGAUGUACUUUUACGGCCUCGGAACCAAAUCGCUGGGAUACCGCUAUAUGCUUUUGCCUCCUGCGGGUACCGAUAUUUCGAGCCCCGACUUCGUGCCCGAGUUUGCGGGACCGACCUCGCGAAUUGUUCGGACGAGGAGAUUAGAGUACUCUUCCUUGAUUCUUUUCUCAGCGACCGCUGGUCUGAUCAAGAUCAGCGUCCUCCUUCUCUAUCGCCGCAUCUUCACUAUAAUACCGUCUUACAAAGAUGCCCGCAACAUCUUCUUCAUCGUCAUGAUUACGUUGAUCAGUGCAUGGUCGAUAUCCUGGAUCUUCGCAUUCGUCUUCAUGUGCAGGAAAGAUGUGCAAACGCUGUUCACGAAUCCGGAGAACUUGACUGCCAAGUGUGUUGAUACCUUCGCCGUUGGAUAUUCACAUUCCAUCUCUGAUUUCAUCACGGACGCACUCAUACUCCUCAUUCCGAUACCAUUCGUUUGGAAACUUCAUCUCCCAGUUACGCGCAAGCUUGCUGUUGUUGGUAUCUUCCUAAUGGGAGUUCUAGCCGCAGGAAGCUCUCUGGUGAGAAUGAUCUGGAUGGCGUGGAACACAUCUGUUGGUUUUGGUGACGAAACUGACGAAGAGCCUUGCCUUCCAACGCUCCGAGGAAUGUUUAAGGCCCAAUCCAUGGACAGCUUUGUGCAUGGUAUUCGAACUAUGUUCUCUCUUCCUUCUGCUUCGAGAUCUAGGUCUUGGAAGGGUUCAAAGGGUGAUUCGCCAGAUGCGAGUUUCGAAUCACAGAGGGUCACAGCUGCGAAGCUGAGCUACAGCAGACAUAGCAACAGCUCUGUUGAUGCCUAG